AUGUCUUCGAAAACUGCGGUCUUUGAGGGAGGGACUACCUCCAAGGAGGCAGAUCAGGGAGACUACGGUGACGCUGUCGAAGACGAGUGGCUCAUUGUCUACAUCUUGAGAGAACUCACCAAAUCUCAUCCGAAACUCUGGAUUAGAGUAUUUGACACAGACGGCGAGUUCCUCCUCGUCGAAGCAGCCAAUGUGCUGCCCAGGUGGCUCAACCCAGAAAUCGACAACAAUCGAACAUGGAUUCACGACGGAAAGUUGUUGAUCAUCCCAGUCAAGGAUGAAGCAAACCUCAAGCCCCGAAACCUCACGCUGUCUGACGCGGUUGAGGCUCUCAAGACGAAACCAGAUGCUCUCGUUCACUCGGCAUUCGUCGAGGCUGAGGCUUUCUACAGGCUGGAGAAGUACCCAGCACAUAUCACAGAAUCGAUUCAUCACUCCCUCGUCACAAUACCCAGGAAGCUGGCAUACGUUCUACACUCACUUCCAAAAUCCGUGGCCCCUGCCGUGGAGGCCUUUUACCUCCGAGAUCCCAUCGCACUCAAGCGUAUCAUCUCACCUACUGAACCACCAGUGUUCCCGCUUCAGGAUAUCAUAACAGUCUCGGUGCGAUUUAGUAAAGUGCUCUUCGCGCAACUGCGUUCCCAGCGCUUUGAUGCGCCACCGACAUGGCAAGAUAUCAUUCAAAAAGCCCAGAAGGAGGCCCCUUCAGGAGAGGCGGAUAAAAUCACAGCCAGACUCGAUAUCGGAAUGAAGCUCACAUGUGGAUUCGAAAUGCUGGCUGCCAAAGCGGAAAAGAGCAAGAGUAGGGUCGUGAGAGAACUGGCAAUCGUUCUUGAAGACCUCGAAGAGGACGGUGACGAUGUUCUUCCUACGGAUCAGGAUAUCAAGUCCUGGGGAGACGCCACUCGUGAUGACAGCGAAGCCUGGAUGGACAUCAACUACGAAGAUUUUGAAAAGGAACUUGAUGGAAAGCGAGGAGCACCCAAAGAGGGCGAAAAAUCGGGCUUUGGUGACGCGAACACACAGUCUGACCUACGCAAGAUCGUCUCUCGCUUCGAAGCAUUCCUCAAUGAUGACUCGGCGGGGGUGGAAGGAGCGGAACUCGACGAGAUGGACUUUGACGACGAUGAAGACGAUGAAUUUUCGGAUGAAGACAGUGAUGCAGAGGAUAAAGAGGUCAGCUUCGAUGAGGAGGAAUUUGCCCGGAUGAUGAGGGAAAUGAUGGGGUUGCCAUCUUCAACCCCAACCCCAGGCAAGAAGGAAUCUCCCAAGCCCGCACCCAAGAGCUCUGGCGACGACGAAGUAGAAGACGAAGAGAUUCGAAAACUCACCACUGAGUUUGAAGCCGAGCUCAACUCACACGGCGCCCUGAAACUCGACCCAGCCAAGGAGAAGCGCCCUCGGCUGAAGGACAAGAGCCCAAAGGCUGGUGAAAGCAGUCAAUCGACCCCCUUGCCAGACGUGGCUGAGGAGGACGAGGAUAGCGAGCAAGACGUCGACAUCGAUUACAACCUGGCAAAGAACCUACUCGAGAGCUUCAAGAGCCAGGCAGGCAUGGCUGGUCCGACGGGCAAUCUCCUGGGCAUGAUGGGAUUCCAGCUUCCACGAGAUGAAGAUGAUGAGAAUGGUCAAGAUGUGGAUAAAGAUGCUGGUAGCCGAACCGUAAAAGGAAAGGGAAAGGCGUGA